GAUUCAAACGUCGAAGAAUCGUUUCAAAACAUUUAUAUGCCACAUCCAUCGUCCUCGGUGCGCAGCACUAUUUCUUUAAAGAAGACACCUUCUCAGUCUUCUUUUCAAGAAACAGUGAGGCUGUGUCUCUAUGGCGAAGUCGAAAAACCGCGAUUAACAUUUACACCCGAUGAACUUCACUUGGAAACAUUAACCAUUGGAGAAAUUGCCGAUCGUGUCAUUUGUAUACGAAAUUCAUCGAUACACUUACCUAUAUUGUAUCGCUUCGUCAAUCAGCAUAGCGUCCAUUGUACGCCAAAGAGCAGUAGUAUAAGACCGACCAAAUCCAUAGAAGUUCGAAUCACGAUUCAGGGAAAAUUCAAUACCACCUCGCCGCUGACUUUAUCAUUUGAAUUAAUGGGGGAAACAAAAAAUGGAUCCGGAGGUAAAAUCAAAAAGUAUGUGACAAUUGAUACAUCGACUGUGCCGUGUUUUGUACACCAUAUCAACAUUCCUAAGAUGAAGUCAAAAACAAAAUAUACUAUGGGUUUAUUAUCGUUGAAAACGAACAAAGCCGUAUCCUCUGUUCAAGCUAAUUCUAAUAAAUUGUUAGAUGGUAAAAGUGCGAAUCAAGUAUCCGGCGGAACAUCUGCUCGUUUGAACGAUACUCAGAAAUCCCUGAAACCAUAUAAAAAGUCAUCGACGGUAUCUUCCGAAGAAUUGAAAUACCUGCCAGGUGAAAAUCUCGCGGAAACUUAUUCUCCCGAGGAAAUGGCACGUAAGAUAAAAGAAAGAGAUUACUGGGCUAAGUACCUGCGCACCGUUCAAACACAAAAAAAAUCAAUUUUGAGAAAAAACAUGCUAGAAACGUACAGCUACGAUGACUUGAUUUGUGGUGUUGUUGGAAUUCCAAGGUAUCGAAUAGAAUCGGUAGCUCAGAAAAUAUCAAAGGCAGAAAAUGAAAAAUUGAUAGCUAAAGCCAAGAAUGAGAUUCUGGUGCCCUUAUCUCCAAUUCAAAUAUAUAACGUGAAGGUAUCACCAACGAUAUUCUCAUAUGGGCAGGUAGCACCGAAGAGUAUGAACUAUCGUGAACUGACGAUAGAAAAUAGAAAUCAAUUUCCAAUUAUGGUCCGUCUGACUUGUGCCAAUAAAUGUAUUCGUUUCCCAAACGGAAGCAGGAUGAUUCUGCGUCCGGGAUCUCUUGAGAAAAAUUUGAUCGAGUAUCGAGCACAGGAAGUUGGAAAAUUUAACACAUACAUUGGCUACGCAAUAAACGACAAUCAUUUCUAUCAGCUGGCAAUUACAGCGGAUGUAGUUUACAAAUACUUGACUUUAGGAACGCGCGAGAUUGUCUUUGGCCAGGGCUAUCUACCAGAAGAAACAUACCAACCCACUGUGAGUUUCGUGCAAAUCAGAAAUAAAUUGGAUGCCAGAACAACGUUUAGAUGGCAAGUUCCUGCAGCAGCCAGUUUUUCGGUGGAACCGUCUUUUGGUACAGUUCGUGGGAACCGUAGUUUACUCGUCGGUGUAAAUUACGAACCGAACGCUGCUAAGUCGCAUCAGGCCGAAGUGACAAUGAGCAGCGAGGGUGGAAAUUAUUCGUCCCUAAAAUUGGAUACCAUUUUGUCAUCUCCCAAUGUUGCCUUCAUAAACGAUACUUUGAAUUUCGGCAAAAUACCUUUGAACAUAACGACUACAGGUAUCGGUGUGCUUCACAACGCAGAAUUCACUGAAGUUAUGUACGAAGUGAAUGUUCUGUCUCUAAUUUAUGGAUGUGAAGUUUAUCCCGAUCAUGGAACAAUUCCACCACGUGGAAUUGCCACUUUGGAAGUUCGAUUGAAGUUGGAUGCUUGCUUACGAUUUUCAGUAAACGUCCACGUGAUGGUACAAAAGUGCCUCAAGUUGCAAUUAAAGUUAAAUGGUGAAGUAAACUUUCCAAUGCUAAAGUUCUCACCGGAAGUCAUUGAAAUGGGCCGCGUCAGUGCUGAUGCUUUUCAGAUACAUCUUAUAACUGUUGCGAAUGUUGGAACAGCAACUGCAAAGAUACAAUUUCUCGUAACCGAGUAUCCUGAAUUUUGUGUAGCUCUAUCACCUACAGUCAAUGAUCCAGGAAUAGGUUCAAAGUCCAUAACGAUUGCACCUUCUGACACGGUUGAAUUUUACUUGCGUUUCGUUCCCAUUGAUUUGGCUAGCUAUGCUUUCUAUUUGCCAAUAAUGAUAAACGAAUUGCUGGGACCCAUACUCAUGGAAAAUCAGAGAAUGUACACACCUUAUGACUUCCUGAAACCACGUGAGGAACAUUACAGUAAUAUUUCUGGAAUCGACUUGAUAAGCUUUCCUCGGACACUACCAACAAUAUACAUUGAUUGUACUGUUGCCGGACACGUUAUAUCCUUCAGCAAGCUUGUGUUCCAUUUUAAUGUCACUACCAAUCAGACAAAUGAAUCAUUGCCAAGGCACAGCGCUCACUCGAAUAUAAGUCAAUACAGCAAGACCACAUUCAAAGUGACUUCAUCCUCUACAAAGUUAAAAGCCACGCCAGUGAACGAAGCGGAAGAUGAGGAUAGCAAACAAGAGGAAGCCGACAAUGUUUAUAUAGAUGCCAAAGACUCGAGCAAUCUUCAAAACAAUACCAGAAUGCGCGACCAAUCAAAGCUGUCUUAUCCGUUCUUUCCCAACGCCGACAGAAGCUCGUUAGUCCGCUUUGCGACCACAGAAGGUCCAAUAAAUAUUCUCAAAUAUCUACAAAAAGUUCGACUUCGUUGCAGCGACUAUGCGCAGCACAUGCAGACAGCGAUGAAAACUGCUGAAGAGUGGCUUUACUCGUGCCCUUUGAGGUUUAACUUCUAUCCAAAUGUGGUCGACGGUAUCACUGCAGUACUUUCGGGACUAUGUUUGAUAAGAACACCGAUCAAAGAUAAGAGAAAAAGUCACGCCGUUAAUCAAUCCUUUAUCGACGUUCUCGAGUCUCUGAUUGGAAACAAUACUUUCAAAUAUAUCCAGGAACCAGUAACCUUGCCCGAAAAUGACGAGGAAAGAAUCAAUCACGUGCUAAGUCUCUAUAACAACAUCUUGCAUUUCCUGAUGGCCCAAGGAGCAUGUCUGGCACACGUGUACCCAGAAUUUCUUCUAAGCUACACCGACUACAUUAAAGCGUCGCAAAUGAGAAAUAGUUCCAGUAAAAAAGAUAGGCUCAUUAACAUUCAAUUGGACAGAGAACUAUUUGACUCAAGAAGCAAGCAAUGCUGGCUCGACGUAAUUUUACAAACAUACAAGACAUUGGUUCUCAGUAGAGUAAACAUUGAAAGUUUAGAGAACAACGUAUAUAGUCGAAUGUCUAUGCGAGUAUCAGAUCUAACCGGGGGAUCUAGCCUGAGCUUGGCGAAUUUGCCACAGAAGUUAAACUUCACGAGUAUAAUUAAUAUAGCAGCUAAAAAUAUUGUACAUUGCAAGCAAGAAGCACUUCUUCUAGCUUGGUUGGAUUAUCACUUCGAAAUACAACGCAAGCAGGAUUGGAUGAUCGACGAUCGUGUUAUCUUAAAUUCUAACGAGACAAAGGACGUUCUACAACAACGAGCUAUACUUGACUUCGAUGAUGUCCUUUCCGAUGGAUUAGUCUUUAUCGCUGUCACUGCGGCAUACUGUCCAUUUCUGAUUGACGAAUACUUUCGUAACAUUUAUAUCUCCCCACGAAACGUCGAAGAAAGGUUUCAUAAUGCCAUAUGUAUCGUCGCAGCCUGGAGAAAAAUUCGUCUCGGUUUUAUGAUCGACCCGUCCCAGAUCACAAAGCCGAACUGCGUUCAGAUGUUAAUGUUGGUGGUACAUCUCUUUCAGAUAUUGCCAACUUACACAACUAGAACAAAGAUAAAAUUUAGCUGCCCGUUAACUGAGACAAUCACACGGCGAAUAAACUUCAGUAACAUAUGGGACAACGGAGUUAAUUACAUCGUACAAUUUAUUAACAAUGAAUCCGCAUUCUUCUCUGCUGUUCAACCGCAUUCCAUAUUCCAUAUUAAUCCCCGUGACAGUAAUGUCUUAAUGCUCAAGUUUUACGCGAGAAAAAUGCAGAAGACCAAAGGCAUGAAGAAACGUCCCUUAAAGUAUCUCUGUAGUCAACUAUACGCUUUUUCAGUUGGACACGUUACAAUUUCAUUUACAGCUUACUUAUUACUAUGCGGUUCAGCGAUUGCGUCCCACUUUGCCAUAAAUCAGCUAUUUGUACUAGAAGGCAGUGCUAAUCACCUUGGAAUUGUAAAUACGUACAACAUUACUAACAGACUGUAUCGAGUGGUUGACAAAGAUUUGAAAAUUCGAGUACCCUACAAGUACACUGCUGAAUAUGACAUAUGGUUGACAGAAGACCCGCCGACUAAUCCUGCUGCACUAAGGAUGGCAAGGUGGGCCGACUUGCGUUUGAGGAAAGUACCAAGGCGUUUGUUCGUCAAUCAAAAUACUCUGUCCAUAGCGGAAAACGAAGAGAGUGCCAACUUAUCAGUGACUAUAGCCUGCAUCGAACCAUCACCUCGAAAGUUUUGGUUGAUAUUUCAAUCUAGGAUGGGUGACUUCAUAAUUCAAAUAAACUCACGUUCAACUCCAACAAUAUCAGAGAAAAUUAUUAUUCAAUGGGACAAAGAGAAAUGCGUAUGCAUUGAUCCACCAUCAAACGUUACCGACACUUGUCCAUUGAAUAUCACAAUCAAAAUUCCUUCUAGAAAUGGUCACCUUUGGAAUUGCAUCAGUCAAAUGUUUCAGAAGACUCUUAAUCCAAAAGAACGUGCUUUUUGGGCCCGCCACUUAGAUACGAAUAUUGGACUCAGAUUGAUUCAUUGGUUGAUGGGAGAUCAUACUGAUUCUGCGGCAAUGGAGUUUAUCCAUAUAUUUAAAACAUGCGUUACCUAUAAUGUUACUACAACCAGUAAGCCGAACUUGCUCACAGUACCUGCGACAUUUACUAUACCCGAUGUGAGACCACUCCAAGAAGAGUGCGAAAUGACUAUCCAUAUACUGGCAACUACUCCGAAGCUAUAUGAAACGAAACUAAUCUUGACGAGUCUCGAUAAAAAGGAAUUGCGCUACCUUGACAUAAAUUUGAUUUGCAAACAACAAACCGAGUCAUCAAUCAUAGAAAAUAAAGACGAAAAACGCAAAUCAUACAACGCAAAUAAGUGAUAGGAAUGUCUGAUAGCAAGUGUCGCAUGUUUCGAAGACCUAGAUACUAAACAGUCAUGGAAGGUGAGAGUCAUAGAAUACUUUUAAACUGGAACGAGUUUUUUACUCGAAUCUACCAGAUGGCAUUUUCCUACGACCCUACAAUUUUUGAUACUUCAGUUUGAUAAGGAAAAUUGAAUAAGCUACGUACUUCUUGUAUAAAACCGGAAAAUGUCGAUAUAAAACAGAACAGAUUAUACCUUAAUUUGCCUAAUAUUCAUUAGGCUUGUUAGGCUUUCCGAAAAAGGACACCUGUUGCAUUUAAGUAAAACUUUUCAAAUUUGAGUAUUUCGCAACGUUCGCGCUCCGUGAUGAUAGUCCUUACUCAAGACCCUUGACCGAAUGUAACACAUUUCCUAUAAAAUUUUUAAUCAUACGCAAUCGAAUCAAUGUAACUAUCAUGAAUUAUGAAAUCGAAGAUGACAAUUAGCUUUGAUGUAAAUAUUAAUGAUUUUAAAUUUUGCAUUAAACUGAUAGCUAUACAUCCGUGUAUCCCGGAG